UGGAGGAGCCGUGGGCUCGGCGCUUCCGGAAUUGCCGCGUGGAGCUCCUCGGCUUGGGCCCUUUCGGCAUGGCGGUCUUUGCAGGCCCGGCGAAGCCGCUCCUGGCCCUGAACCCGCAGGAGGAUGCCAAGUUUCACAAGGAGGUGGCUCAGGUUCGCCGGCGCGCAAUCAAGAAUCAGAAGCAAGGAAAAGAAACACUUACUCCUGGAGUAAUCUACGUGGGCCACCUACCUCCAGCACUUUAUGAAACCCAGAUCCGAGCAUAUUUCUCCCAGUUUGGCACCGUUACGAGAUUCAGACUGUCCAGAAGUAAAAGGACUGGAAAUAGCAGAGGCUAUGCCUUCGUGGAGUUUGAAUCUGAAGAUGUUGCCAAGAUAGUUGCUGAAACAAUGAACAACUACCUUUUUGGGGAAAGACUCUUGAAGUGUCAUACUAUACCACCUGAGAAAGUACAUGAGGAACUCUUUAGAGAGUGGCAUGUUCCAUUUAAGCCGUCAUUUCCAGCAGUGAAACGGUACAAUCAGAACCGGACACUUCUUCAAAAGCUACGGAUGGAGGAGCGAUUUAAAAAGAAAGAAAAAUUACUCAGGAAGAGAUUAGCUAAGAAAGGAAUUGAUUAUGAUUUUCCUUCAUUGAUUUUACAUAAAGAGGAAAAAAGCAAUGCAUCAAACACUGAUCUUCGGAAAUCUACAAAAAGCCAGGCUUUACUUAAGAAGAAGAAGAAGAAGACGAAGAAGAAGGUUUCAGUUACUCCUAACACUCCUGAGAAGACUGUGGAUAGCCAGGGCCCCACACCAGUUUGUACACCAACAUUUUUGGAGAAAAGAAAAUCUGAAGUGGCCGAAAUGAAAGAUGAUGAUAAAGAUAAUGAAAUAGUUUUCAAACAGCCCUUAUCUGGCAUAAAAGAAGAAACAAAAGAGACUGAAACACCUACACAUUCAAGGAAAAAACGAAGAAAAAGCAAUCAGUGAUUGUCAGUGUAUUGCAUACAAUACUUCUGGAAAAUGUGAUUUUAUUAUGAGGGCUGAUUUUGUAUGUAACCAGAUAAAAUGGAAUGCAACUGUUGACAAGAUUAUCUGAAGACACACUGUUCACAUCAGUAAGGAAAGCAGCCAGAGAUUUUUCCUUGCUCCGCGCUGAGUCCAUACCGGCUUGCAGUAGCCAGGCUCACGCUCGCUUCGUCCCAGUCUCUUCUAGUUUUCUUUACAGAUCUCAUAGCUGUCUGUAGUUACUCUGCCUGGAUGGAAGGGUCACCAUUAACUGCAGGUUAAAGUACUAAACUGCAGUCUUUGCUGUUACCAUCAAAUAAAGAAAAUAAAAUCUUGCUUGACCGUCUGUAAGGUUCUCUGUGUUAGGCCACACACAUUUAACCUGUAAGACAGCAGACAGUUGAAACUGGAAGUUAAAUGGAAAAUGAGAAGGCAGUUUAAGUAUUAAUACAGAUUCAUUUAUGUUAUAUGAUUGUUUUACUAACGUUAGU